AUGGCCAGGGAUGAGGAGGCGGAGGCCCUGCCCGUGGAGGACGAGGAGUAUGAGGAGUACAUCCCGGUGAAGAAACGGCGGCAGUUGGAGGUCCAGUCCCGCUUGUCCAGGCUCGGCCGGCCGUCGCUGGUCGCUCCCUUGAAUGGAGAGCCUCUCCGGAACAAGGACGGCGGGUCGUCCGAUGGCGCGGGGGCAGCACCCAGGGAUCAACAGCCGGCCGUGCAGCAGCGUGGCAAGGAGUCCCUGCUCAUCCUCAAGGCCAAGGCCCUGCAGGAGGGCUUGGGCGAGACCGAGCAGGAGCGCGUGCUGAAGGAGGAAGCAGAGCUGAUGCGCAGCAUCACCCAGAAGGCGGCGCUGAAGACUUAUGCGGAGCUGGCCAAGGACAUCAAGUACACGCAAGUGAUGAAGACGGGGUGGAAGCCGCCCCUCAAGUACCGCCUGACCUCCGAGGACGAGCAUCAGCGAGUGAGGGACCACUUCUACAUCAUCUGCGAGGGGCACCACCUCCCCCCCCCCAUCCCCGCCUUCGAGGACAUGCGGCUGCCGCCCUCCAUCCUGCGCUACCUGGCCGAUGCCGGGAUUAAGAAGCCCACGCCCAUCCAGAUGCAGGGCCUGCCGGCCAUUCUGUCAGGGCGGGACAUGAUUGGCAUCGCCUUCACCGGCUCGGGCAAGACCCUGGCCUUUGCCCUGCCCAUGGUCCUCGCUGCCUACCAGGAGGAGGUCAGGAUGCGGCUGGAGGGCGGGGAGGGCCCCAUCGGCAUGGUCAUCUGCCCCUCCCGCGAGCUGGCCCGCCAGACCUACGACAUUGUUGUUGCCUACUCAGAAGCCCUCAGGGCAGACGGCGCCCCCGAGCUGCGCACGCUGCUGACCAUUGGUGGCGUGGACAUGAAGUCCCAGGGCGACGCCAUCCGCGCCGGCGUGCACAUGGUGGUGGCCACCCCCGGCCGCCUCAAGGACUUGCUGGCCAAGCGACGCAUGACCCUGGACGCCUGCCGCUACGUGUGCCUGGACGAGGCGGACCGCAUGGUGGAUCUGGGGUUCGAGGAGGACAUCCGCGAGAUCCUGUCCUUCUUCACCGGCCAGCGCCAGAUGCUCAUGUUCUCCGCCACCAUGCCUAUGAAGAUCAAGGCCUUUGCCGAGUCGGCGCUGGUGGACCCCGUGACCGUCAACGUGGGCCGGGCAGGGGCGACCAACCUGGACAUCAUUCAGGAGGUGGAGUACGUCAAGGAGGAGGCCAAACUGGCCUACCUCCUGGAGUGCCUGCAGAAGACACCGCCGCCGGUGCUUGUGUUUGCGGAGGGCAAAAAGGACGUGGACACCAUCCACCAGUUCCUGCUCCUCAAGGGCGUGGAGGCGGUGGCCAGCCACGGUUCCAAGGACCAGGAGGACAGGGAGUGGGCCAUCCAGAGCUUUAAGACGGGGCAGAAGGAUGUGCUGAUCGCCACGGACGUGGCGUCCAAGGGGCUGGACUUCCAAAACGUGCAGCACGUGAUCAACUACGACAUGCCCGAGGAGAUCGAAAACUACGUGCACCGGAUCGGGCGCACGGGGCGGCGCGGCAAGACGGGCCUGGCCACCACCUUCAUCAACAAGGCGCAGAGCGAGAGCAUUCUGCUGGACCUGAAGCACCUCUUGCGCGAGGCCAAGCAGCGCAUCCCCCCGGAACUGGAGGCGGCCUCGGGCACGAGGGGUUGCGUGUACUGCGGUGGGCUGGGCCACCGCAUCGCCGACUGCCCCAAGCUGCGCAGCGACACAAGGGACGCAGGGCGGAACAGCAAGGACCACUUCGGGAGCGGCGGGUUUGGCGCCGAGAUGUGA